CAGUUUCCGUUGACACCGGAAGUUCCUCUACGAUCUGCCGCUGCCACGAUUUGAGCUUGCCUUAUUGGUAACGGUAGCAACGUGACAACAGAUCGUGGCGUAGUAGUCGCUAGUUUCUGAAAAUGGAGGAACGCUUUGCUUUUAAUGCGGAGUGGUAUGACCCCAUUGCUGCUCUCCUGCGGCUAUACCAACUGUUCUACUACCCCAAAGAUGGCUCAGUGGAAAUGUUUGAUGUAAAGAACCAGCGAGUCUUUUUGAGAAGGACCGUAUACGACGACCUCCAUCAAGAGGACCUGUUUGUUGGGAAUCGAGUGAACGUUUUGUCAAGACAGCUUAAUCUGACUGACUAUGGGGAUCUAUACACAGCAAACAAACUUGGCAGCAAAAAAGAAAGGACUCUUGCUUUGAUAAAGCCAGACGUUGCUACAAAGAUCGGAGAUGUCCUUGAAAUGAUAUACUCCUCCAACCUGAUUGUGACCAAAGCCAAAAUGACAAAGCUCACUUGGAAAGAAGCGGCAGAGUUUUAUGUGGAACACCAUUCAAAGCCUAUCUUCAAUAACCUGGUGCAGUUUGCGACCUCGGGCCCUGUAGUUGCCAUGGAGCUGAUGGGUGAUGAGGCCAUGUCUACCUGGAGGAAGCUCGUGGGACCCACAGACUCGGCUGUGGCACGGAGGGAGGCACCGCAGAGUGCCCGUGCCCAGUUUGGAACAGAUGGCGUCAAAAACAUUGGCCACGGCUCUGACUCGCUUGCUGCAGCAGCGAAAGAGCUUGAAUUUUUUUUCCCGUCCACAAUUGGCCAUGGUCCCGCUAACACAGCUCUCUGUACAGACUGCACAUGCUGCAUCAUCAAACCUCAUGCCAUAUCAGAAGGUUUGACGGGGAAGAUCCUAAACUCCAUAUCGGCGGCUGGAUUUGAAAUCUCAGCUCUUCAGAUGUUCAAUGUGGACCGAGCCAAUGCAGAAGAAUUCUAUGAAAUUUACAAAGGUGUUGUGACAGAGUAUCUUAGUAUGGUGACCCAGCUAUGUACUGGACCCUGCAUGGUCCUGGAGAUCCAUGGCACCGACGCGCCGCAGACAUUCAGGGAGUUCUGUGGACCUGCUGAUCCAGAAAUUGCGCGGCACCUUCGUCCAGGCACACUGCGUGCUCUCUAUGGCAAAGACAAAGUGAAGAACAGCGUCCACUGCACAGACCUCCCAGAGGAUGGUGUUCUAGAGGUGCAGUAUUUCUUCAAGAUUUUGGAUGGAUGAGCAGAAGAGAAAACACACUCACUUCAAACACAAGGACUUGAGAGUUGUCUGUUUAUUGUUUCAGCCUUAUGCAGAUUAAAUAGUGACAAGAGCAGACUCCUGACAAGUGUUUUGAUCUUCAACACUGAAUUAAGUAUUUUCACACCAACUACACAUCUUAUUACACGGGAUACUGCAUUGCCUCUGAUAUUCUCUAACCUUUUGACCAGCGACUUUGGUAUUGGAUUCAUACAUUACACUUUGAAAAAAAAAUGUACAACUGCAUAAAUAUAAAAUUCUUCCACCAUGAAAAUGGCUAAAACAUUCAAUAGUAAGUUGCAUCACGUCACGUGAUGUCGCCAGCAAGACAGAUUUCAAAGCACUGAGUUGCCACGGUUUCCAUGGAGGUGACAGUCUUCUAGGCUGGACCCACAAAGCUCUACACUAAGAAUUAAGAAUGAACAGAUGCAAGAGUAUCAAACAGAAAUGUCAUCAAACCAAAUCCUACAGCUAAAGUGAACGGCAAAGAAAAGUUGUACACUUGUAUCCUCCCACUGUCAACAUGAACAACUUGGAUAAAGAAACACACACCAAAAACAACAACAAAAAGAUUCCAUGGAGCGCAGUCAUUUACUCUUACAUGGGCCUUAAAGGUUCAGAGUACCAUGCUAGUAUUUCAGUUAACAGAGCACAUUAACACACACUCCACCCGCUCACAUAAACUAACACACCUGCACACAGACACGAGCGCGCACACGCACACACCUUGGACCACUAAAGCUGACAUAAGACAAAAGAGAUUACAACAGGACAAGACUACAGCAC